AUGGAGGAGAUUACAGAUAGAUGUGCUAGGUUAAAGUUGUCCGUGAGAGAAGAUGUGGAAGUAGCAAUCCAUGCUUCAUUGACAGAGGAUGGACCUGUCCUCAUUGGGAAGUUCUAUACUAAGCGCAUAAUCAAUCUGGAGUUAGUGAUUAGAGUGCUGAGAUCGGUUUGGAGAGCAGAACACAGUUUUGAGGCCAGCGAUUUGGGUGAGAACAAGGUAAUGUUCCUUUUCCAAUCGAAGGAUGAUAUGGAGAGAGUAUUGUUGCUCAGUCUGUGGUCUUUCAAUCAAUAUUUAUUGCUCCUUCAUAAGCUGGUGCGUGGUGAGGUGAUAAAGGAUAUCAAGUUUGACAGAUCACCAUUUUGGAUCCAAAUACACGAAUUGCCCAUAAUGUGUCAGACUAAGGAAGUGGGAAUGAGUAUUGGCACAACCUUGGGGGAGGUGGAGAAGGUGGAUGUCAAUGAGAAAGGAUUUUGUUUAGUGAGUUAUCUACGCAUAACGGUUAGUCUAGAUGUCUCCAUGCCACUAUGUCAAGGCCGUAAGGUGCGACUAGGUGAAUAUGGACGAAAAUGGGUGGAUUUCAGAUACAAGAGGCUCCCAAUAUUCUGUUAUUUGUGCGGAAAGAUCGACCAUGAUGAACGAGACUGUCUGAUGUGGAUACGAAGUAAGGAUACUCUAAGGCCAGAAGAGAAACAAUUCGGUCCAUGGUUGCAUGUGUCGCAGGACAAAAACUAG